CACAGCUCUAUAUAUUGGAGUAUAAAUGAUUAUGUUAUUCUAUAUGGGGGAUAUUCGAAGAAGUAAACCAGGGUAACGCGAACAAACUUACAAUUAGGUAUAGUGAUGGGACUAAAAUGACUCUUGAGCUGCCAACUGUCACGUGGGACGACUACAUCUACGACGUCCUCAUCAGCAGCGGUAACGGCGGGUAUGUCUCAAAGGCGGGAAUAUACAACACGGACGGACAGAAAUGGGCGGCCUCCGAGGAUCUCGACAUUCACUCGUCCGAAAUAAGAGACAUCGUUGCCGCUUUCGACGACUGUUCGAAAAUUCGAAAGACCGGAAUCCGCCUGGGCUGUCGAGUAUUCACACUAACGAGGAUAACUGAUCGCAGAGUGCUGGUAGGGCGCGAAUCCAAAUCCGGGGCUGGGGUAGUGGCAUUCCGCUGUGAGUCCUGCGUGGUGCUGGGAGUUUGCGAGGAGGGGGCGUCUCAAGCAGGCUGCUACACGAUGGUCAUGAAACUUGGAGAUUAUUUAACUGACAUGGGAUACUGAGACUGUUGUCAUAUUGCCUGUUCAUAAACAUGUAUUUUGCUAGUCUCAGACUAUCAGCUGUCACGACGGAGUUGGCUAACUCGACGGUUGCGUUGUAAUUUUGUUUUCAACUCCCAAAUUACGACGUGUGCGCUCAGAUUAACAACUAAUCGGUCGUAGGUGUGGUAUUCGACCAGAAUCGAGUUUAAGAGUGCUAACACAGGCAACUGGACAGUCGUAGAUGUUGAAAGAUCGGUGAGUUGGCCAACUUCGUCGUGACAGUUAAAUUAAAUUACUUUCAUUGGGAAGUGAGAAACUGAAUAUAAUAUAAGCCUGCUUCUCACGGACAAAGUAUGUUAUUAACAAAUGAAGUCUCCUCCGACCAACAACAACAAUGGAUUAUCUUGAGAAAUCUAUGCGAUGUCACGUCUGGAAAGUAACUAUUGUGUGCAAAGUAUUUUUUCCCAGAUAAAUAAUAAGAAAACAUGGAUAUUUGAAACAGGAAUACUCCAUUAUAUUUGAUACUAGACAUCUUAUAUAGCGAUUUCUGAUUGUAAAAAAACAAACCCAAAUGUGUUUGGGUUUUACUAAUGCAAUAUCGCCGUACAAACAGAACAGAAUAUAGUUGUACUGUAUAGUCGGAGACAGAACAAUCUUUAUUAAAUUCAGGGACAGAAGACAACAGAACAGAACGGAAUUACACCGUUUUUUUUACAACAAUUCCUAUUCUUAUACAUUAUCGCCCACGCUGUAUGGAUCUCAGGGCCGUAGGUAGGAUAUUUAUUUUUUAGGGGGGGGGGGGGGAGGACCAACUGAAUGGUUAAUAGUCUAAAACUCUUUAAACGGUUAAGAAGAUAAUUUUCUUUAAGUUUCUAUAUUUUGUCCCGGUAGCUACGGCCCUGGAAUUUAUGAAACAUGUUUGUGAAGUGUAUUGUUCAGUAAAACAAUUCACAAGUUAGUGUCAUCAUCUGCAUUAACUAAUGUUUUCAUCGUUUCACCGUUGUCAUAUUUCGUUUGGUAAAUACCUUUUUAACAGCAUCCCAUGAUACAACCACUCAUAGAUAUUCGUUACUGGUAUCUGUAUUUACUAUCUAAUAUGUGUAUUAAUAUCAUGAUUAAUAAACUCAUAUUAUCAUUA